GAGACUUUUGGAAUGGGAGUUCAAAGAGGACAAGUCUCGGUAGCUUUCUUGUGGUGACAGAUGAGACAUGAGAUCGUCGGCCUCCAGGCUCUCGAGCUUCUCCUCCAGAGAUUCAUUAUGGAAUCGGAUCAUGCCGGACCAGAUCACUGUGUCGGAGUUUAUUUCUGAGACCACAGAGGAUUACAACUCUCCAACAACAUCCAGCUUUACUACCCGGCUGCAGAACUGCAGGAAUACCGUCACGCUGCUAGAAGAGGCAUUAGAUCAGGACAGAACGGCACUACAGAAAGUGAAAAAAUCUGUAAAAUCGAUAUAUAAUUCUGGGCAAGAACAUGUUCAAAAUGAAGAGAACUAUGCACAAGUACUAGAUAAAUUUGGAAGUAAUUUCUUAAGUAGGGAUAAUCCAGACCUAGGAACGGCUUUUGUAAAGUUUUCCACUCUAACUAAAGAAUUGUCAACGCUGCUGAAAAAUCUGCUCCAAGGUUUGAGCCACAAUGUCAUCUUCACAUUAGAUUCCCUUUUAAAGGGAGAUUUGAAAGGAGUUAAAGGGGACCUUAAAAAGCCUUUUGACAAAGCCUGGAAGGAUUAUGAGACGAAAUUUACAAAAAUUGAAAAGGAAAAACGGGAACAUGCAAAACAACAUGGGAUGAUACGAACAGAGAUCACAGGGGCAGAGAUAGCAGAAGAAAUGGAAAAAGAAAGGCGACUAUUUCAGCUCCAGAUGUGUGAAUAUCUCAUUAAGGUUAAUGAAAUUAAAACAAAAAAAGGUGUGGACCUUCUACAGAAUCUUAUUAAAUAUUAUCAUGCACAGUGCAAUUUCUUCCAAGAUGGCUUGAAAACAGCUGAUAAACUGAAACAGUAUAUUGAAAAAUUGGCUGCUGAUUUAUAUAAUAUAAAGCAGACACAGGAUGAAGAAAAGAAGCAGCUCACUGCACUCAGAGACUUGAUAAAAUCCUCACUACAGCUUGAUCAGAAGGAGUCUAGGAGAGAUUCGCAGAGCAGGCAAGGAGGCUACAGCAUGCAUCAGCUUCAGGGAAAUAAGGAAUAUGGCAGUGAGAAGAAAGGAUAUCUUUUAAAGAAAAGUGACGGGCUAAGAAAAGUAUGGCAAAGAAGAAAAUGCACUGUCAAAAAUGGCAUUCUGACAAUAUCACAUGCAACUUCAAACAGGCAGCCUGCCAAACUGAAUCUACUAACUUGCCAGGUGAAACCAAACGCCGAAGACAAGAAAUCAUUCGACCUGAUAUCACAUAACAGAACAUACCACUUUCAAGCUGAGGAUGAGCAAGACUACGUAGCAUGGAUAUCCGUACUGACCAACAGCAAGGAAGAAGCUUUAAAUAUGGCAUUCCGUGGAGAGCAAAGUGCAGGCGAGAAUAGUUUAGAGGAUCUUACAAAAGCCAUUAUUGAUGACAUACAGAGAUUACCUGGAAACGACGUCUGCUGUGAUUGUGGAUCAUUAGAUCCAACAUGGCUUUCAACUAACCUGGGCAUUUUAACCUGUAUAGAGUGUUCUGGAAUUCACAGGGAAAUGGGUGUUCAUAUUUCUCGAAUCCAGUCUUUAGAGCUAGACAAAUUAGGAACGUCUGAACUCUUGCUGGCCAAGAAUAUAGGAAACAAUAGUUUUAAUGACAUUAUGGAGGGGAAUUUACCAAGUCCUUCUCCAAAACCUACUCCAUCAAGUGAUAUGACUGCACGUAAAGAAUUUAUUACUGCUAAGUAUGUAGAUCACAAGUUCUCCAGAAAGACCUGUGCAUCUGCAGCAGCUAAAUUGAAUGAACUACUUGAGGCUAUUAAAUCCAGGGAUUUACUUGCACUAAUACAAGUCUAUGCAGAAGGGGUAGAGCUAAUGGAGCCACUGCUGGAGCCUGGACAGGAGCCAGGUGAAACUGCCCUUCAUGUAGCAGUCCGGUCAGCUGACCAGACCUCACUCCAUCUGGUUGACUUCCUUGUACAAAACUGUGGUAACCUGGAUAAACAGACGGCAUUGGGAAAUACAGUUCUGCACUACUGCAGUAUAUAUAAUAAGCCUGAAUGUUUGAAACUGCUUUUGAAGGGCAAGCCAACUAUUGAUAUAGUAAACCAAACUGGAGAGACACCUCUGGAUGCGGCAAAGCGAUUGAAAACGACUCAGUGUGAAGACUUGCUUUCUCAGGCCAAAGCCGGAAAGCUAAACCCACAUGUACAUGUAGAGUAUGAGUGGAAUCUUCGGCAGGAAGAAAUUGAUGAAAGUGAUGAUGACUUGGAUGACAAGCCUAGUCCGAUAAAGAAAGAACGCUCUCCAAGACCCCAAAGCUUCUGCCACUCUUCUAGUAUUUCUCCCCAAGACAAAAUGGCUCUUCCUGGUCUCAGCACUCCAAGAGACAAACAAAGACUCUCCUAUGGAGCUUUUCCCAAUCAGAUUUUUGUCUCUGCAAGCAUGGACUCGGCAACUUCCCCCACUGCGGCAGAUGCCCCUCCACUUCCUCCCAGAAAUGCUGGCAAAGGUGCGUCUGGCCCACCUUCAACCCUCCCUUUAGGCACUCAAACCACUAGCGGCAGCUCCACCCUGUCUAAGAAGAGGCCCCCUCCCCCACCCCCUGGACACAAAAGAACCCUCUCUGACCCACCAAGCCCACUACCUCAUGGACCCCAGAAUAAGGGCCAAAUUCCUUGGGGUAAUGAUUUGGGUCCCCCAGCAACUAAGGCUGCAAACAAGUUUGAAGGGAUGUCUCAACAGUCAGGCACCAGUACUGCUAAGACUGCACUGGGCCCAAGAGUUCUUCCCAAACUACCUCAAAAAGUGGCACUAAGAAAAAUAGAAACCAUUCAUCUUCCUUCAAUCGAUAAGUCCUCUCAUUUGGAAAUCUUCCAGAAGUCAGCAUCGCUUUCUAUUGAUCUACCACAGAGACCCCAACCAGGAGACUUGCCCCCAAAGCCGCAGCCUGUGGAGCUCCCCCAGAAACCUCAGAUUGGAGACUUACCCCCCAAACCAGGAGAACUGCCUCCGAAACCUCAGCUAGGCGAUCUGCCGCCAAAACCACAGUUAGCAGAUUUACCCCCCAAGCCACAAGUGAAGGACCUUCCUCCAAAACCUCAGCUGGGAGAUACUUUGGCUAAGAUUCAAGGUGGAGAAGUAUCACCAAAGCCUCAGCCCUUGGAGGUAAAUCAAAAAUCUCAUUCUGUGGAUCUUUCUCCAAAGGUACAGUCUAGAGAGACCAUCCAAAAGCAAGCAUCAGAAGACUCCAAUGAUGUAACACAUGCAUUGCCAGAGACCCCAGUGCCACUCCCUAGAAAGAUAAACACGGGGAAGAACAAAGUUAGGAGAGUGAAGACAAUCUAUGAUUGCCAAGCAGACAAUGAUGACGAGCUUACAUUUGUUGAAGGAGAAAUUAUCAUUGUAACUGGUGAAGAGGACCAAGAGUGGUGGAUCGGCCACAUUGAAGGACAGCCAGAGAGAAAAGGGGUCUUCCCGGUAUCCUUUGUCCACAUUUUGUCUGAUUAAGUUGAAUUGGAAACUGGAGCGUUGCACCUCCUUCCUGUAAGACGGACUUUUUAGCAUGAAGCAAACAGCUGCUGCCUCCCUGUAAUUCCGUGCACAAUUGUGGAUAUAUCUGUAUAUAUAUAUAAUGGCUGUUACAGAACGAGAACUCGUUUGUGGCCCGCCCUGUGAGGUGACUUACCCUCGUCUUGUAAAUAGACGGUGUUCCUCUGCCUUUGCCAGUAUUACGGUAGCCUUGGAACCUGGCCCACCUUCUCGGGCUUGCUAAAGCCAUCCUCGGCAUCAAGCACUUACAUCUCUUUGUCUGUUCGUAUGGAUGGACCUACCAGCUCUUUAAAAUAUGGUCGGUCUCAUUCCGUUCUGUUUAGCUGUACAGAAAUCGCCAUUCCAAGUAAACCAGUAUUCUUUUAGAAACAGACCCAUAGCGGAGAAUUUAGAUUCAGUUUUCAGAAUGAACUGCUUUGGCUCAUUUCCAGCCCAGUUUACAGCUACCAAUGUACCCAAUCUACAGCUUGUGAAAUCCACUUCCUCAGUAUUUGUUGAAAGUGUUCAAUGUAUGCAUCAAGCAAAAGAAAUAUUCACUGACGCUACAGAUGAAACAGUAGUAAUUUACAGAGUGUGUGUGAACAGCAUUUUCAUGUUUGUAUUAUAUAGUUGCAGUAUCUCCCUUAUGAUAUUUACCUCACUUAACACCAUCUGUAAGUGUUUAAUUAAAACAAAAGAACUUGUAUCUAAUGAAGGAGAGCAUCAGGGACUUUUGGCUGGAGAUUUCCUUUCACUGAACCAGGGACAUGCAAGAAAAAUAGUCUGUUUAUGAAUUCAGAUCUUUCCUUGCAAUCUGCAUUCAUGCAGGAAUGUUAUAUUAGCCCUUAACAUUGAGCAAUACGACUUUGGGAUACUUUGGUUGAUCGAAAGAUGAGCUGAUGCAUUUGUUUCUAACUAAUUGGCUUCCCUACCCAAUAAUUUGGCUGUAGGGAUUUAAGAAGGUUCCCCCCCCCCCUUCCCCAAUAAUCUUUUACUCAUUGGAGGAUAUUAAUUUGUGAUGUUCACUUAGUCUAAUAGUCUGGGGAAACAGAAACAGUUAAAUGGUUUUGGAAAUGAAAGUGAAAUAUAACCUUUCCUGCAAAUUGGCAGCUGUUAAUUAGAGAAACCAGAGAGCAAUAUGUCAUUGGGGAGUUACAGUUUACUAAAUCCUAAUUAUGUUUCAGGGUUGAGCUCUGAGGAUCCGCCAACAAUCAUGGAACCACAAAGUUGGUUCGUUUUGACCUGUGGUGGCUUGAUAGUUAUAAAAUUUUAUUACUUGCAGCUUCUGCCCUUUCUUUAUCCUAAUCAAGACUCUUAAUAUAUUAAGGAUGUAUUCGUUUCCAGUAGGCUAUCACUUAUUUAUUGUUGUUCAGUCUGAUGUUUGAUCAUAACCCAAGCUGAAUGCUGUCUUUUGGUUUAUGAUCAACAGGAGCGGCUUGUUGUGCGACUCCCAUGUGUCCUGCUGGGUUCACCUAGCAAUAUAACAUUGCUUGAAGGCAAUAUUACUUUGGCAACAGUCCAUCUUCCCCCCCCCUUUUAUACUUUGAAACUGAUUCUGUCUGUGAUUCCGCGUCAAAGUGUUUCCCGUCACUAAAGCACAAGUUCAGAUUAAUCUUUCCAAGGCUUUUCGCUUUUGACAUCUUACAAACCUGUACUCAGUGAAUAUUUAUUUUUAUUUAAAUGGUUAACAUGCAAAAAAUAAAUAAUCAAUUUAAAGAAGUCGUGCAUGAAGAAUAGCAAAAAAAUAUUUAUCAGACAUUAUUGGAAAUCGGUGUUUUUUUAAACAAACAAACAAAAAACCCCACAAUUGCUUCCUCCAUCUCACGACACAUUUUGUUGAAAGAGAUUAAGCGUGGCAAACGAGAGAAUGAGCCAACUGGCGUCGCCUCUGCAGUGUUACCAGUGUCAGUGUUUUCCAGACUCCUGCUGUUUAUACAAAAGCCAGAACUCAAAUGACUUCGCAUUCCAUGUUGCUUCAGAUGCAUUAAAAGGACAAAACUGAUCUACCGUUUCUUUUUCGUCAAGUGUAUUUUACAACGAUUUCAAAAUCCGCCGUUAAAAAAAACGAAGGCAAAACCGCAUAAAGAAGAUUGAGAUGUGUAAAAUGAUGUAGAGUCAAAUGUCUAUUAUUUUGUAUGCUUUUUGAAGUAGUAUAAUAUGAAUUUUUUCUAAAAAAAUAAUAAUAAUAAUAAUAAAAGAACAAGAGCUGACUAUUCUGGGUGAUUUGAGAGUCCAUAGGAGAAUUUAAAAAAAUAAUGUAUGAUAUAUAGGUUGAGUUUUAAGUACGCGAUCAUGUUUGAACUCAGAAGAGCCACUAUCUGCAAUUUUGUACAUGGCGUAUUUGGGAAGGCUGUUUGGGUUUUUUUUUUCCCCCCGUCCCCCGGAAGAGGGAAGUAUGUUCUGCAAAAGGUGCGUCGUUUUACUGUUGAACAGCAAUGGCUAUUUAUUUUUUUAUGACCCAAUGCUUCAACGUGGAUAGAAGGCAGAUCUGGUAGUCCCACUUAGUUAGAAACUGAAGACUCCUUUGAAUGUCGCAGUCCUCAUUACAACCAGUACACCCGUCUCCUCACAUGUGUUUAAUGUGACAGUUUGAGUACUGUAUGUGUUAAUUUCUACUUUUUUUAAUAUUUAAAAUUGCUUUUAAAUAAAUGUAUUCAGUUG